AUGUCACUCGACUUCACCACCUUCCACAACAUCAUCGCCGGCCAGCCGCGCUCCUCCGCCACCGUCCACGCGGGCGUCUCGCCACUCACCCACGCCCGACUCUGGGACGUCCCGGUCGCGACCGCGCAGGACGUCGACGACGCGGUCGCCGCCGCGACAUCCGCCUUCCCCAGCUGGGCGGCGGAGCCCUACACCGAGCGCACGCGGCUGCUGGGCGAGUUCGCGGAUCUCUACCUGCAGCAUGCCGAGGAGUUCGUAGAGCUGUUGAUGGCCGAGACGGGGCGGAGUAAACAAGCGGCCGCGAUCGAGGUAUACUGGGCGGCGGAGUGGCUGCGCUAUCCCGCGAAAUACACCCUCCCCGAAACCAAGCACGAAGACGACGAGCUCGUCGCCAUCACGACGUACGAGCCCCUCGGUGUGGUCGCCGCCAUCUGUCCGUGGAACUUCCCCAUCAGCCUAGGCAAAAUCGCCCCGGCACUAGCAACCGGCAACGCCAUCAUCGUCAAGCCCUCACCAUUCACGCCCUACACAACCCUCAAACUCACCCACCUGGCCCAACGCAUCUUCCCAGCAGGGAUCCUCCAAGCCCUCAGCGGCGACGCCACCCUCGGCCCCGCCCUCGUGCACCACCCGCGCAUCCACAAGAUCUCCUUCACGGGGUCCACGGCCACCGGCCAGGAGAUCAUGCGCGGCUGCGCCGACACCAUGAAGCGGUUCACCCUCGAGACCGGCGGGAAUAACGUGGGGAUUGUGUUUGGGGAUGUCGAUGUCGCAGCGACGGCGGCGAAGAUCGCGGGGGGAUUGUGGUUUAAUGCGGGGCAGGUGUGUAUCAAUGCACGGCGGCUGUAUGUGCAUUCCUCGGUGUACGGGGCGUUUGUGCGGGAGUUGGGGCGGGUGACCGGGGUGAUGGCGCGGGAUAUGGAUGUUGUGGGGCCGGUGCAGAAUGUGAUGCAGUAUCGGAGGAUUCAGGCUGUGCUUAGGGAGUGUCAGGAGUUGGGGUUGAGGUUUGUUGUCGGGGGAGAGGGGGGGGAAGGCGAGGGGCUGUUCGUUCGGCCUGUUGUGUUGGAUAAUCCCCCGGAUGAGGUUGGGGUUCUGAGGGAGGAGAUCUUUGGGCCGGUUAUCUCGUGCAAGCCGUUUGAUGCAGUGGAGGAGGUGGUGCGCGUCGCGAACGAGAGCUCGACCGGCUUGAGUGCGAUUGUCUGGACGGCGGACGCGGAGCUGGCAAAGAGGGUUUCGGCACAGCUGGAUGUCGGGAAUGUGUUUGUCAACGGACCGCCCAAGCCGAAUGCGUACGUGCCCUUUGGCGGGCAUAAGCUGAGCGGGGUGGGGGUCGAGUACGGGCUGGAGGGGCUGUUGGGGUUCUGUCAGGUCAAAUCGGUGCAUGUGUACAAAUAG